UAACCUCGAAAAUGAAUCACUCCUAAGAAAUACGAUAACGAGGCGAUAACAGUGAGCAGAAUCAGUUCAUCACUAACCAAUAUAAAUUACGCCAAAGGAAAACGAUAACGAGGUGCAAAUUCUCCCAGCAAAAUGAGCAGGACGCUUUCACUGACCCUUCUGCUUCUGCUGACAGGUUGUGCAUAUCUUAUCAAUGCUGCUCCUUUGGGAGUGGAGUUGCGUUGCAAGUGCGACGAGACGGUUUCAAACUUUAUCCAUCCAAAACAAAUCGCUAACCUAAACGUAACACCAGAAGGACCACACUGCAGUAACAUGGAAGUGAUUGCCACUUUAAAAAAUGGGAAUGAGAUUUGUUUAAAUCCUGAAACCAAAUGGGUGAAGAGAGUUAUAAGACUUUUUCACAGUGCCAAAGAGUAACAAUGAGAAAGAUCGUCAUCCCCUUGAGGACAUAACAAUUCCCUGUGAAAUGUCACAGUUUAACAAAUGUGAAGUCAACUGAAUCAAUAAGAAUAAAUGUGAGUUAGUCUCA